AUGCUCACGAGACAUAAAGCAGUCCACAAUGUAAAGAGGCCUUAUGAAUGUAAGGAGUGUGGGAACACUUUUAGGUGUACCUCAGAACUGAGUGUACAUAAAAGAAUCCACAGCGGAGAGAAGGCUUAUGAAUGUAAGCAAUGUGGGAAAGCCUUUAGACGGUCCUCACACUGCAGUAGACACAUGCCAACUCAUAGUGGAGAGAGGCCCUAUGAAUGUAAAGAAUGUGGGAAAGCCUUUAGAACAACAGCACAUCUUACAGGACAUAGAAUAAUCCACAGUGGAGAGAAACCUAAUGAAUGUAAGGAGUGUGGGAAAGCGUUUAGAACAACUUCACAACUUACAAGACAUAGAAGAAUCCACAGUGCGGAAAGGCCCUAUGAAUGUAAGGAGUGUGGGAAAGGCUUUCUAAUACCCUCAAGACUCAGAACACAUAGAAUAAUCCACAGUGCAGAGAAGCCUUAUGAAUGUAAGGAGUGUGGGAAAGCGUUUAGAACAACUUCACAACUUACAACACAUAGAAGAAUCCACAGUGCGGAGAGGCCGUAUGAAUGUAAGGAGUGUGGGAAAGGCUUUCUAACACCCUCAAGCCUCAGAACACAUAUAGUAAUCCACAGUGGAGAGAAGCCUUAUGAAUGUAAGGAGUGUGGGAAAGGCUAUCUAACACCCUCAGGCCUCAGAACACAUGCAAUAAUCCAUAGUGGAGAGAGGCCCUAUGAAUGUAAAGAAUGUGGAAAAGCCUUUAGAAAAACCGCACAUCUUACAGCACAUAGAGUAAUCCACAGUGGAGAGAAGCCUUAUGAAUGUAAGGAGUGUGGGAAAGCCUUUAACAGAAACUCACACCUUAAAUCACAUAGAGUAAUCCACAUUGCAGAGAGGCCCUAUGAAUGUAAGCAAUGUGGGAAAGCCUUUAAAACAACUGCAACCCUUAGAAGUCAUAGAAGAACGCACACUGAGGAGAGGCCCUAUGAAUGUAAAGAAUGUGGAAAAGCCUUUAGAACAACCUCAUAUCUUAAACUACAUAGAAUGAUCCACAGUGGAGAGAAGCCUUAUGAAUGUAAGCAGUGUGGGAAAACCUUUAAAAGUACCUCACAACUUAAAAGACAUAGACUAAUCCACAGUGCAGAGAGGCCCUAUGAAUGUAAGGAGUGUGGGAAAGCCUUUAGAGCAACUGCACACCUUAGAAGACAUAGAAAAAUCCACAGUGCGGAGAGGCCCUAUGAAUUCUUCCGCUGUGAAUAUAACCUCAGUGUCUCCUGA